GUGGCUCCUGCCACACUACCCCGACAGGACUCUGAGGAGUCAUCCAGCACCCAAGGGAAGCAUAGCCAGGGGAAGAAAGGGGAGCCAGCAGCCCUGUGGGAUGAUGGUCUGUAGAACUCUUUCUAAGUGAACAGGUGGAAGAGAGGCAAACUUGUGAUUGCUGAAGAGGGACCAAGUCAGCAUGGGAAGAGACUCCUGAUUGCCACCUGGCAGCCACUGCCUUCAGAAAGAUCUAGAUUCUAGAGGCGGGGACAGGUUGGCCCCAGGGUGACCUGUGAAGGUCCUUCAGUGCCUGCCAGCAGCCCUGCCUCCCUUUCUGCAAGCACACCAGGCACGCUUCCAACAUGCAUCAGGGUGUGACUGGCAUGGGAGUCCCAGGGCAGAAGGCACAUCGGUCCAGUUAGAAUCUGUGAAGCGAUUUCCGGGUUCAUUCAGGAGAUAGUGAGCACCUGCUGUUCCCUCGGUGACUUCCGCGCCUUCAGUGACUACAGGCAAGCUCACAGAAGGCAAUCCAACUUCAGGGUGGUGGUGACAACCCAGUGAGAAAGCUGAGCCGCUGAUAAUACAGGCCAUGGCACAGGCAGGCGGGCUGCCACAGGCCAGCACUUCUGGCCAGCCCUAUGUGAGCAAGCUGGUUCUGCUUGGAAGCAGUUCUGUGGGCAAGACCAGCCUGGCCCUCCGGUACAUGAAGCAGGACUUCAGCAACCUCUUGCCGACUGUGGGGUGUGCCUUCUUCACAAAGGUGGUGAAUUUGGGCUCCUCAUCCCUGAAGCUUGAGAUCUGGGACACAGCCGGCCAGGAGAAGUACCACAGUGUCUGCCACCUCUAUUUCAGGGGUGCCAAUGCCGCGCUCCUGGUUUAUGACAUCACCCGGAAGGAUUCCUUUCACAAGGCCCAGCAGUGGCUGGAGGACCUGGAGAAGGAGUUCCAUCCAGGAGACGUGGUGGUGAUCCUGGUCGGCAACAAAACGGAUCUCGGCGAGGAGCGGGAAGUGACCUUCCAGGAAGGAAAAGAGUUUGCAGAAAGCAAAAGCCUGCUAUUCAUGGAAACUUCCGCCAAGCUGAACUACCAGGUGUCUGAGGUCUUCAAUACUGUUGCCCAGGAGCUACUGCAGAGAGCAGGAGACAGGGGGAGCAGCAGCCCACAGGAAGAUGGCUUAUGCUUGAGCCUUGGAGGCUUCCAGGACUUGGGAUUUCCUUUGUAAUAACUGCUUGCCAAAGCUGAUGGGAACUGUCUCAUGGAGGAUCCAGUGUCAAAUGGCUCCCAGGAGACUGUCAGCCUUACCUUAACAGAUACCCAGAUGCCUGGAUGCCCUGAGCCAAGUAUGCCUGCUCCACCUCGCUGUCCCUUUCAGUGCCUUGAAACCAUUGCAGAAAAGUUAAAUGAAGCAAAGAAGACUCGGGGACUGGAAACAUUCUUGGAUCCAUGGGAUGGGAGGAGAGAUGCUUCAUCCUGGGGCAGCUGGUCCAUAACUGGACGACGUUCAUUCUGGGAACUGUCAGGGGAAGAGAAGGGACACCAAUGCAAGGAAAAAUGCAGAGAUGAGCCCAAGAGAAAAAACGAGCCCAAGAUGCUAAGUCCCAGUGAGGUGAUGCUGGAGAGACAGUCUGGAAGGGUGUCUGGGAUGGAGGUGUUCCCCUUCCCCCUGUGGAUGGACAGAGUCAGGUUUCUAUCUAGUGAUCCGAGGACUCUAAAACCCCUGUCUUGGGAGGAACACUAUUUUCUCGUGUCCUUUUCUCCAAAUAUUAAAUGUCCUGACAAUCCAACCACUUUGUGAGGUUACACCAGGACCCAUGGCCAGACAGGUCACACCGUUCAGUCUUUAUGCACACAUUAAAGAUGGGCUUGUGGGUGUUAAACAUAGUGACGGUUCAUGGGCCGAGUGUAAUGAGGGUGGGCACAGGUAUUUGUCUGCGUGGACUGUCUCUUCUGAUGGUGAUGUGUGAGUUCUUAUCUUUAUAGAGAAACCCAGAUCCUUGUACAGGGAGGAAAACCCCAGAGGACAUGCUCCUGUUGGGUCUUCUCUCUUGACACUUGCUAGGGUGAGAUGUGGCCAUUUAGGGAGCAAAACUUUUUUUUUUAUCCUUGCUUUUGGGAGUGUGAUAAAUAAUGAGAUAUUGUUGUUGGGUGUGGUGAUGUAGGCUUCGAAUCCCAACACAUUUGAAACUGAUGCAGGAGAAUGACAGGCUUACUCUGGGCUGCACUGGGAGAAAACAAACAAGCAAACAACAAAC